AUGGGCAAGUUCAGCUCUAUAUUCCGCAGCAAGUCGGAUAAAGACAAGCCCAACGAGACACCUGUGAACCCUUAUGCGCAACAACCGCCGUCCAGCGACACAUACUCGUCCGCUCCUGCAUACGGCGGAAAUCGCGGAGUCCCUUCAGGACUGCCGUCCGGUCCUCGUCCCGGUGGCUACGGCGGCGGCUUACCAUCUGGUCCUCGUCCUGGAAGCUCCGCCCCACCGCCUUACUCCGCUCAGAAUGAUGCCGCCUUUACAGACAACAAGAAGAGAUAUGAUUCGGCUGCAUCCAGCCCUUCGAUAGGAUAUGGGAAUGAUCGGCCUGGCGCCCCCAGCGGAUAUGGCGGCAACAGAUACGAUAAUGCUGCCGGCUAUGGCCAGAACAACAACGUUCAGGCUCCCCCCCCGAGACAAGGAGGAUACGGUGGUUUGAGUGAACCAAACCCCCUGUUCGAUGGGCGUCAACAGAGAGAUCCCUAUUCGGCAAUGGCACCACCUCCUCGUCCAGAGAUUCCCGACAAUUAUGAGAACAUGACGGCGGAAGAGAAGGAUGAUUACGAGGCAGAAACCAAAAAGGGAGAAAUCAUCCACACCAUUCAAGAGACAGCCCAGAGCUCAGCUCGCGCCCGGCUGAAGGCUGCUGAAGGAGUGGAGCGUAUGGUGGGCAUGCACCAGAUGUAUGACAGAGAUGAGGCUAUUCUCAACAAGGUUGAGCAGCAACUCGAUGAAUCAAAGCAUCAGGCUCGCUUGGCGCACGCACACCUCGACAAUCUGGACGCUGCCAACUCGUCACUCUUCAACUUGGCCGCAAAUAGCAAAGGAAAGCUUGCCGAGCGUUCAGCGAGGAAGGCUCAGUCUGAGCGAGAGAGGGAGAUUGAUAGAGAUGCGCUCCGGGAGGAGCAGGCUUUGCGGAAGCGAGAGCUGGAGGCCGCCACUGCUCAAGUGGGACGGCCAACCCUAGGCUUUAACAAAGCCGAUCGCUCAAAGUGGGCCUUUGAGGAUAAUGACGGAGAGCAAGAGGAACUCAACAAUCAGAUUGAUGAUGAUAUGACAGAGAUUGCACUGAGUGUCUCGACUAUGAAUAUGCUGGCCAAGGGAUUCAGUGUGCGGACGGAUGCACAGAUCAACCAGGUGACCAGGCUAACGGUGAAGUCCGAUGCUGCCAAGGACAAAGUUCGUGCGCAGAACAAUCGCAUGAAAGCGGAAUACUCUCCCUAA